GGGCAUCGUCUACCCAAGGAUGCUGAGUUCGAGAGAUGACACGGGGCAAAAAGUAAUAAAGCUAUCGGAUAAGCUGACACUUAAUUUAGAAAAAAGCACCGUCUUUCCUAAGGAGCUUCUCGUGCACACUACCAUCGAUGGUACGCAAGCGCGCUAUCUGGUGAAUGGGAAAGAUCAGGAAGCGAACCUCUACCACGACAUACAAAACAUGGCGUCCCUCGAUGUAUCUGAGGAAGAUGAACUUGAAGUACAUGGCGUUCUGGGACACACGUUGAGAAUAAAGCCACUGCCUGAAAUGGAACGUUCUAGGGAAGGUCACAUGGCUCACAUGCUUUACCACGUCGAUGAGCCGGAAUUUCGGCAUCGUGAUGAGCCCAAAGAUUACGGCAUUCCAAAAUCUCUGGACCCUUCGGCCUUUUUCGCCUCAGGAAACGAAAUGCCAACUGGCCCAGCUGAUACACGGAACACUUCGGCUUUCGUGGAAUCUAGGAGUAUGGCAUCAGCAACAGCUCGAUUGCCCACCACUAUAUACCCGGAGGUACAUGUUGUCGUGGAUUACCUGCUCUGCAGAGCGUACGAAUUCAACUUAAGAAAAAUAUUGCGAUUCCUUGCAAUCAUGGGGAAUGCAGCCAACUUGAGAUUCCGGAGCCUUAGGCAGCCAAAGGUUCAAAUACGAAUAGUCGGUGCCACUGUGACGAAGACCGAGCGUGAUGAGCCGUACAUGGUUCCAGUCCGUGGAUACGAACUGACUCGAAAUAUCCUUUAUGAGCCGACGCUGUGGAACUUCACAGUAUAUGUUAGAAAACAAACGUACUUUGCCGCUGCUGACAUUGUUUUCCUGCUUACAUCCCGGAAUUUGUCUGAAUGGGAAGGCAACAAACUUGUUUCUUGGGUUGGAGGUUACGCUUAUGCGGGCACCGCGUGCACUGCUUGGAAGGUGGGCAUGUCCGAAGAACGUCCACUCACCUACUAUGGUGCCUACGUCUUCGCACACGAACUGGCUCACGUACUAGGAUGCAUGCACGACGGGAGCGCGCCAAGAGGUUGGCCUCCGGGUAUGAUUGGUUCACAGGACUGUCCUUGGAGCGAUGGCUACAUGAUGAGCUACGAGUUCAAAGUUCCUCAAAUGUACUCCUUUUCCCGUUGCUGUGCAAGAGAAAUAAUGAAUUUCUACAACCGUCCAAAUUACACCUGUUUGAGCCGCUUAAACAAAAAGCUUCGUCGUGCUCGUUCAAAAUACUUACCAGGAGCCAAGGUGAAAAGGGACGAUUUCUGCAGGAAAGUGUACUAUGAGUUCGACUAUGGAAAGGCUGACAAGGCAUGGGGCGCAAAAGACUGUUACUUGAAAUGCUACUACAAGGAAGGUAGCGACCUCUACAAGUACGCAUACGCUGUUGACGGUACUGAUUGCGGCGAUGGAAAGGUCAACAUCAUGCGGCAUGAAACCAGCUGGACAAUGCCAAUGCAGCAACAACUUCGUUCAAGUUUUCCAGAAAAUACCACCGCAGCUGCUGAGCAAGGCGCUUGAAAACGCCCGCGGGACGAGUGGAACCACAGAACGAAACGCGAGGUCGCCA